CCAAAAUGGUCAAAAUCAAUUCAUCUUCUUCGUGAUGAUCGUAAUCACCAACCAGUGACCUAACAAUGGCCGUUCCUCCAUUAUUCUUCCUCCUCACACUCCUCUCUCUCCCUUCUCUUCUUAUCUCCGCCGGUGCUUCCAAUGCCUAUCCUUCUAUUCCCGGAACCGCUCCUAUCGACGGAGGUUUCACCGAUGAACUUAAACCCAUUCGCCGUGAAGUCUACGGGAAUGGCAAAAUCUAUGACAUCAGUCACCGUUACACUCCGGAGAUGCCGUCGUGGGACUCAUCGGAAGGAAUCGGACGGUUCCUAUGGUUAGCUGCGAGUAUGAAGAACGGAUCUCUUGCUAAUAACUCUGAAAUGAAGAUUCCCACGCACACUGGUACUCAUGUUGAUUCACCUGGUCACGUCUAUGACAAGUAUUACGAUGCUGGCUUUGAUGUUGACUCGCUUGAUCUUCAAGUCCUCAAUGGUCUUGCGUUGUUGGUUGAUGUUCCAAAGGAUAAGAACAUUACUGCUGAAGUGAUGAAAUCUCUUCACAUUCCAAAAGGAGUUAGUCGUGUGCUUUUCAGAACAUUGAACACUGACAGGCGUCUUAUGUUCAAGAAAGAAUUUGAUACAAGCUAUGUCGGAUUCAUGAAGGAUGGUGCGCAAUGGUUGGUAGACAACACAGACAUCAAACUUGUUGGGAUUGAUUAUCUAUCAGUAGCUGCAUAUGAUGAUCUUAUUCCAUCCCACCUAGUAUUCCUAAAAGACCGGGAGACUAUACUCGUGGAGGGGUUGAAGCUGGAUGGUGUGAAGGCAGGACUCUACUCUGUCCAUUGCUUACCUCUAAGACUGGUUGGAGCAGAAGGGUCUCCAAUUCGUUGCAUCCUCAUCGAUUGAUUCUCUCCCAUCACAAACCUGCCAAAUCCGAAAUUGUCCGUAAUCAAAAGCUUGCUUAGCUUAUGAACUGAAUAUCAGUUUGUGCUAGAUUUAUGCAACCAAUAUGGAGAUUGAAGUAGGAAGAAAUAAGAGAGAUGCAGAGAAGACCAAGUUGAUGAUAAUGAAGCACCGAAGAAAAAAGAUUUUUCAUUUCUAUGUAUAUGUCAAUAAAUAAAUUAAAAAUUCUCUUAAUCUGUCAAGGUUGUACUAAUUAUCAAAUAGGGAAAAGUUCAUAACAUAUAAAUCCUUGUUGAAAUAGGUUUUUGUUUUCCUGAUCAUAUUCAGAUUUGGUUUUAUGUCUUCAACCGUCUCUAAUCUCUAUAAAUACAGAGGGUAAUACUCGUAACCGACCGGAAUCUUGCUUGCUGUCUCAACCAUAUAUCAGUGUUUCGAGACUUGUGACAAGGAAAAAUCCAACGAGUGAGGCUACUUCGGGCUCUGCAACAUCAAACAUUCCUAAAGAUGUAACUUUA